AUGCCACCUGCCAAUGCCCAUCAAUGCCACCUGCCAGUGCCCAUCAGUGCCACAUCAAUGCCACAUAUCAGUGCCUACCAGUGCACAUCAAUGCCACAUAUCAGGGUCCAUCUGAGCUGCCUUUCAGUGCCAGCCAGUGCUACCUAUCAAUGCCAGUCAAUGCUGUCUAUCAGUGCUGCCUAUCAGUGUGCAAUAGUGCCCGUCAGUGCUGCCUAUCAGUGCCACCUAACAGUGCCAGUCUUCAGUGCCACCUAUCAGUGCCAGUCGGUGCUGCCUAUCAGUUCCACUUAUCAGUGUCAU